CCAGCCUCCCCUAACAUGGCGCCCGCGGGCGGCGGCGGCGGGCCCCUCCUCCCGGCAGGCCCCGCGGGGCGGCCGGCGCUGCCUGGAGACCGUCACCAGGGGCGGGGCGGGGAGGAUGCUGCGGCCGCCGCGGGGCGAGGCGGCGGCGGCGGGAGCGGCGCGGGAGGGCGGAGGAUGCGGCGGCGGUGGUGGUGGCGGCAGCCGGCGGAGGAGCGGGGAGCGAUGCGGUGCUGCGCGGCGGGGCCCUGGCCGCAGAGCGGGGGCGCCCUCACCACCCUCCUGCUGACAGCUUUUUUGUUAAGCUCUGCUGAUGGCAUAAAUGGAACAGUUAACUGGAAGACUAAGCAAGCCAACAGUUAUAUUAUCAGCAGAAUAAAGGCUGUUGAGAAGAAUGUGUACACGAUUCUGUCUAAGGUGCACUCUGAUCGGAAUGUAUACCCUUCUGCUGGAGUUCUUUUUGUUCAUGUUUUGGAGAGAGAGUACUUUAAGGGGGAGUUUCCUCCUUACCCAAAGCCUGGUGAAAUAAGUAAUGAUCCUAUAACAUUUAAUACCAACUUAAUGGGCUACCCUGACAGACCUGGAUGGCUGCGCUACAUACAAAGGACACCAUACAGUGAUGGAGUGCUAUAUGGUUCGCCAACUAUAGAAAACGUCGGCAAACCAACCAUCAUUGAGAUCACUGCAUAUAACAGGCGUACUUUUGAGACAGCACGACAUAAUUUGAUUAUUAAUAUAAUGUCAGCAGAAGAUUUUCCUUUACCGUAUCAAGCAGAGUUCUUCAUAAGGAAUAUGAAUGUAGAAGAAAUGUUAGCAAGUGAAGUUCUUGGAGACUUUCUUGGAGCGGUGAAAAACGUAUGGCAGCCAGAGCGCUUGAAUGCUAUAAACAUUACUUCAGCACUAGACAGGGGAGGGAGAGUUCCGCUUCCUAUUAAUGACAUGAAAGAGGGUGUGUAUGUUAUGGUCGGUGCAGAUGUUCCUUUCUCUUCGUGCUUGCGAGAAGUUGAAAACCCACAAAAUCAGCUGAGAUGCAGUCAAGAAAUGGAACCUUUAAUCACCUGUGAUAAAAAAUUUCGUACUCAAUUCCAUAUUGACUGGUGUAAAAUCUCUUUGGUUGACAAUACAAAACAAGUUUCCACCUUUCAGGAAGUGAUCCGUGGAGAGGGGAUAUUACCUGAUGGUGGAGAAUACAAACCACCUUCUGAUACGCUGAAAAGCAGAGACUAUUAUUCGGAUUUCCUAAUUACAUUGGCAGUGCCCUCGGCAAUAGCACUGGUGCUUUUUCUAAUACUUGCCUAUAUCAUGUGCUGCCGACGGGAAGGAGUGGAAAAGAGAAACAUGCAAACACCAGACAUCCAGUUGGUCCACCACAGCGCUAUACAGAAAUCAACCAAAGAGCUUCGUGACAUGUCUAAAAAUAGAGAGAUAGCAUGGCCUCUUUCAACGCUUCCGGUGUUUCACCCAGUUACUGGUGAGAUUGUACCGCCCCUUCAUACAGACAACUAUGAUAAUACUAGCAUGCCACUAAUGCAAACACAGCAGAACCUGCCACAUCAAACUCAGAUUCCACAGCAGCAGACUGCAGGAGAAUUCCGUAUGACAACAUUUCAAAGAUUUGAGGUAAAUGGUAUUCCUGAGGAAAGAAAACUGACAGAAGCAAUGAACUUGUAAUCAGAGAAAGCAGUAAUUGUCUUAUUUCCUUAUCUGUUCUGAUUGAUGCAUGAGUCUUUCUGGUGUAUAUUGUGCAUGCCCACAGUAUUAAGUGAUUUCAGUGCCAGACAGUACAAUCACUUACAUAUAACUAAUGUAUUGUAUCUUUUUGUACUUUGGACACUUUUGAGAAUUUGUAAACACCGAUAACUUUUUAUAUUUGUUACAUUGAGAAAAUAAUCUUUCAAAUAUAUGUAUUAAUAAAUAUCAAACUUUCUUCUA